UUAGCUUUCAUGGUCCAGUGGUAUUUUUCUAUUGUGUUACUUUCGAGCUAAGGUAUUUAAAAGUCUAUUAAAUAUGUCGUUGCAAUCGGAAGAGCUUGGCAGUCUUUUGGCCGUGAUUGGGGAUGAGGAUACUUGUGUGGGGUUCUUGCUUGGAGGCAUUGGAGAAGUCGACGAGGAUCGAAAGGCAAAUUUUAUGGUGGUGGAGAAAGACACUACUCCUCUUCAGAUUGAAGAGUGUUUCAAAAAGUUCCUGGGUCGACCUGACAUAGCCAUCAUCCUGAUCAACCAGGUGUACGCGGACAUGAUUCGCUCCACUGUCGAUGCGCACACGCUGGCAGUGCCCACUGUGCUGGAGAUUCCCUCGAAGCAGCACGCCUACGACUCCUCCAAGGACUCGAUCCUGAAGCGGGCUAAUAGCGUUUUCAGUCCGCCCGAGAGGCGCUACUAGCGGCUAAACUUUGGCAAUCAGUUUUGGGAUCGAAGUGGGAGUCUAAUGAAAGAUUUGCAUAGUUCUCAACUGCAUACCGAGUGCCGAUGCCAGUGCUACAAAGUCGUUUGAAUUGUUCAAAAAAAAAAAAAACGUGCAUAGAUAUUUUCACACAGAAAUGAUGGGGGAAAAUAAAGCUUAUUCGUACAUCAGGCAA